GAUAUACUGUAUCUUCAUUAGCGAAAGCGAGAUUCCGAUGCGAGGUAUGGAGUUAAUGAGUCAUUCGUGUGCGUUCCUCCUUUCCAAUCCGCCGCCCACCGCGCUCAAAUACGUGCUCGUCAUCCUGAACCGGGACCUCCCGCGAUUCACUCCGCUUAUUUGGAAGAACGCACAAAUUCGUAUUUGCGCGGACGGUGGUGCCAACAGAUUGUAUGAUGAAUUGCCGUUGUUGUUCCCUCACGAACCUAAUUCAGCUGUUCGUCAAAGGUAUAUGCCAGACGUAAUAAAGGGGGACAUGGAUUCCGUUAGGGAAGAAGUUUCACACUUCUACACAGAUUUGGGAACCAAGGUAGUUGAUGCUUCAGAUGACCAGGACACCACAGAUUUGCAUAAAUGUGUUGCAUAUAUUCGAGAUUUACCUAAUCUGGAGCAUCAAAAUACUUGCAUCCUUGUUGCUGGAGCACUAGGUGGAAGAUUUGAUCACGAGGUUGGCAACAUCAAUGUUCUAUGCCGUUUCUCAAGCACACGGAUAGUUCUUCUAUCCGAUGAUUGCCUCAUCCAACUUCUUCCCCGUAGUCAUCAUCAUGAGAUCCAUAUUCAUCCCACCAUCGAGGGACCACAUUGCGGCCUCGUACCCAUUCGCGGCCCAUCAAAAAGUAGCACCACCACAGGGCUUCAGUGGAAUCUAUCUGAUACAGAAAUGAAAUUUGGUGGCCUCAUCAGCACAUCAAACUUGGUAAAAGAUGAAAUAGUAACUGUCCAAUCCGAUUCUGAUCUCCUUUGGACUAUAUCCCUCAAAUGGAUUGGAUGACUGGUGCGUGCUAACUGAUCUCACAAAAUGACUCUCAAUGCUGCUACAAAUUCUGAUAAUCUCUAUCAUUCUUGUUUGUUCACUAUGAUGUGAAAUUGGAAAACGGAAGCUAUUGUUGAGGAUUUUGCCAUAAGGUUAAUUGGGCUGAAGUCUGAAGAUGAUCGCAGGUUGCGGGAAAGCUCCUAAAAGUUGUGUUCUUAUAAAGUGUAGUUUUAUCGUUUGAAGCAAUAAAUUAGUGUAUACUGAAUAUAUAAUGUUUACAUGUAGGAUGUCAUAUGAACAAUGAAUGUAUCCCCCAUUAAAGAUUUGUUCUGAGAAUCA